AGUUUAUUCUGCGCGCUCAUGAUCCCUCUUUUCAUCUUCGAGGAGUCUCUUGUGCUUAAGUAAGUACUUAUUUAAAGUUAGCUUAUACUAGAUACCUAGUAUGAACCUACAUAGAAUUUCUACUGAUAUCCGCAAACUUGUUCUCUAGAAGAUACUCAGAUAGGUAAAUCUAAAUCUUCUUUCUCUCGGCAAAGUUGAGGCGAAGUAUUUCCUUAACGUUAUCUACCCAUGGCGUUCAGUAGCCGGCGGGGAGAAGGGAAGCGGCGGCAGGGCAGCGGACAUGUGGAGCAGGAUGAGACGCGCUCCCUCUUAUCGUCGGGAGAUUACAAAAAGCACAGCAAGCAUUCAUCCGAUAUUCAAUCCGCAAUGGAUGCAGAUCAAAGCGUUUUUCUGCUACAGAAUAACGAGACAAGCCUGCUGAGACGGGCGAACACGUCAGUGACGCGAGGCAGCACACUGAAGACCGGCACGGGCAACGCGGCGCUCCAGCGCUCGCACGCGUCGAUCGACGGAGGCAGUAGCAGAAGAGGUCUGGAAGAAUUGUUCAGCCGAGUGGAUCUGAUUCCCGAGAUCCAAGCGGAAAUUUUUGAGGAAGAAGACGUCAAGGAGUUGGAAAACAUGCCUGCCAUCGACGGUCCUCCGAUCACCACCGCCGCGAGCCUAGUUCGACAGCCCACACCGCAGCUCCAAUACUGUCCGACCUUGCAAGAUGCCAUCGCGGAGGCGGAGCGCGUGGACAGGGAUUUCCAGCAGCAUUCAGAUAUUUUGUGCCUGGAGUGGCGCAACCUCGGGUUCCAAGUGGAAAAGGCCGGGAUGAUUUUGAACAAUUGCUACGGAAAACUGCACCCCGGUGAAGUUACUGCGCUGAUCGGCCCCUCUGGUGCGGGGAAGUCCACUUUGAUGAACCUCCUAGCUGCGCGGCAGCGGUGGACCGGAGGGGGCGUCCAGCUGUCGGGCGAGAUUCGAUACGGGGGGAAGCUGGUGGGCUAUGAGCAACUGAAGCAGUCAAUCUCGUUUGUGAUGCAGUACGAGGAGCUGGUGGGCAGCGAGACGGUGCUGGAAACGUUCCAGUUUGCUGCAAAGCUGAAGCUGCCGAACGCCACGGAGGAGGAGCGAAAGAAGAACAUCGAGGAGAUGCUGGUUGCGCUGGAUUUGGACCACGUUCGUGAUGCGAAGAUCGGCAACGCGCUGAUCAAGGGCAUUUCGGGCGGUCAGCGCAAGCGCGUCGCGGUGGGAAUCGAGCUUCUGACGCGCCCCACCGUCGUGUUUCUGGACGAGCCCACCAGCGGCCUGGAUUCCUACUCGAGUCUGCGCCUGAUCACCAUGCUAAAGAAGAUUGCCUACGACCAGAAUUCCAUCAUUGCGGCCACCAUUCACCAACCCAGCUCCGAGCUGUUCGCCAAGUUCGACCGCGUGAUCACCAUGCGGUACGGAGAGAUCCUGUUCCAAGGCAUGAUCGGCGCGCGCGCGGAGGAGCAACUGAAAAAGAUAGACGAAAAGCAACAGAUAUCCUGAGUAAAAACGUACCCACGCCAGAGUUGUAAUGCAAAUCUGCAUGCUGAAAAUGUUUCUCAUGCGGAGCCCUAUGAGAAGUAUUUUCUAGUCGUGUUUUGCAAUUUGUCAUGCUCCAAUCAGCAUGAGAGACUAGAUCUGUAAUGCUGCUGAAGUAGCUCAAACAGCACUACACUACGCGUCCAAAUUUGUCAUGCGAAACAGCCAAAGCUUGUGGAUUUGUCUAGCCGAUUCCCCAUCUUGACUAUGGGGUGGGUACGUUUUUACUCAGGAUAACAGAUCACCAGCUCAGAGGGCGGAGUUGCCACCAGUGUCGCGAAUGCACGUGUAGGGGUGGAAAAAUUGCACGUGUUGACCGAGUUCCUGGAUAACAUAGCACAGAAGCCCUGUCCGGCGGGUUACAAUUUGAGCGACUGGCUCAUGAUCCUCGCAAGUGGGCAUCUGUCUGACGAGGAGCUCCGGGAGAACCGCGAGCAGACAGCCCGUAUCUACGAGAUGCUGAAUCCUGGCUACACGGACGUCCGUCGUCCGCUGAUCCAAGCCUUUGGGGAAGAUGGCCAGGAGGGUGUCGGUCAAGAAGUGGUCGACUUGGAAGCAAACUUGGAUGUGGUUGCCAGUACUACGCGCGUCACGGGGAUACGUUUCGGGGGACCCACGUUGGGGCCCGGAAAGUUUCGAGAGGACGAGCAGUCGAGUCUCUACUCCAGCGCCCAAGACCCCACCUUCGAGCCUGUUCCCGUGUUGAACCACGGAACCCUCGCGCUCAGCCAGAUCAAGUGCAACAAAACCGCUGGCGUGACCCCGAACUGCUUAAAAGUGAUUCACACGCGCUUCCCUCACAAGCAGGCGCAACAGCAAGCAGCAGCGGACGCCUUUCGCAUGGUGGAAGUGCCGCCGUGGUGCGCCCAGGUGGCCGCCUUGACUUCGCGUAACUGCCGGGUAAAAUGGCGGAACCCCUGGGGCAUCGUGAACCGACUGCUGGUCCCCUUGGCACAGAUCAUGGCCCAGGGCCUCGCGUUCAUCAACUGCGGACGGCAGCUGGAACAAGGCCAGGACCCUGACGGCAACCCACUACAGACCGCCUCUGCCUUUACGCAGAAGCUCGGUGAGGUGAACAACGCGCUGUGCAACAUCCUGUUCGUCGUUUUCAUCGCCACCGGGAUUGCGCAGCUCACCGACCUGCCGAAGGAGCGCCCCAUCUUUCUGCGGGAGUACAUCGCCCGCUACUACGGCGCGUCCGCGUACAUGACAGCCCAGAUCGUGGCAGACCUACCGCUGCUAGCCCUGACCGUGCUGAUCGUGCUGCUGGGGCCAUACUUCCUCUUUGGCUUAAACGGAAAUCUCGGGAUCUACGUGUUUCUGUCCGCCAUCACGGCGCUCGCCGGCUCCUCCUAUUGAAAGGAAAAACUCCCCCUCCCCAUAUCGAAAAGGCAUGUUUCCGAAAAUUUGUGUUGCUGAUUUGAGGCCACAAAUCGCAUUUGUCUUGCAAGAAGACAAGUGCAAAAGCUUCGCCCCUUUUAUGGAAGCGGUUUGUCAUGCUGUUGGGCCUAAAGGGCAGCCGUUUGCCAUGCUGAACAACUAGACCGAUACGCCCCUACAUAGCCUGGAUAUCUGGCCUCAAUGCCUUCCUGCAAUACAAAGCUGAUUUGUGUACGCAAAUCCAGCAUCAGAAAUUUCGUUUUGAUAUGGGGAGGGGGGAUUUUUCCUUUUGAUACCUCCAUGGGGGUCUUUUUGAGCACGCUGUCGCCCGCAAACGCGAACAUUCCCGUGGUGUUAUCCCAUUUAAAAACGUCCCCACCCAAUAGUUGUAUAUGCAAAUCUGCAUGCUGAAAAUGUUUCUCAUGCGGAGCCCCAUGAGAAGCAUUUUCCAAUCGUGUUUUGCAAUUUGUCAUGCCUCAAUCAGCAUGGUAUGCUAGAUCUGUGAUGCUGCUGAGCUAGCUCAAACAGCACUACACUACGAAUCCAAAUUUGUCAUGCAAAACAGCCAAAACUUGUGGAUUUGUCUAGCCGAUUCCCCAACUUGACUAUGGUGUGGGUACGUUUUUACUCAGGAUAGGUGUGGUCGCCACUGAUCAUGAGCACGCUACCAAACGUGUUCUCGGGAAUCUUCCGCCCGCUCAGUCAGGUGCCGGCAGCGGUCUCCUGGCUGGCGUAUGCGAUCCCCGUCAUGUACACCGCCAAGGUGGGGCAAUGGUUGGAGUUCGGCGAGCUCGAGCCCGAGAUUACCAGAACGAACCCCGCUGCGCAGGCGGGUUGGGCGGAGGCGCGGGACUCCUUCAUCAGUCCCCGUGGUAUUUAUGCCUACCAAGUGUGGACCUGGCCCUUUUUCGCGCUGGGCCUCGCGGUUUUUUAUCGCGUAGCGGGAUUCACAUUCUUGAAGCUCAACUCACGCUCCGUCUUCUAA